AAGAAGGGAUUUCCGACCAAACGUCCUAGCAUUAUUAGCUAAACUUGUUUUGUAGAAGCUACAGAAUUGUGCUUCGAGUUAUGCAGAUUUAACAUUAGCUAAUUUUCCUAUUCAUCUCAACUACAAAUCUGCUUUAAAUCUCAUGAUUCAGAUGUCAUCAGAGGAGGAUGAAGACAGUCCUGUUCUCCCCAAAGACUCAGACCGGGGCAGCUCUGUGUCUUCUGAGCUUCAGGAUGAGUAUGAGGAGCUCUUUCGCUAUGCUGUUAUCACCCCCAAACAUGACCUGCUUACUGUUGGUCAAGGUCAAAGUUCCCAGAGAACAGAUGAACCAAGCGGACAGCAUCUACAAGAACCUGAAGCAGAUGAGAGGCUCUCCAUCAGAAGUAUAAGAUUGUCACAGGCCUUUUCUCAGGCUGAGAGGACAGCAGGUCCGUCGUCAAGCAAGACUUCAGUGCGCUCCAAUGCGCCAUCAGAGGAUUUUCAGGCAGCAUCCAAGUCUUCAGACAACCAGGAGUCCCAUGAUUGUGCUUUCACCGAGAUGUUUAUCUCUGACGAGAAUCUUAGCAAAAUGGAAAAUAUUCUGGAUACGUGGAGCCACAACCUCAAGUCAAACGUGCUAACCGAGCUCCAGAAGUGGAAGUAUGCCUUCAUGGAGCGGCACAGGAUGGAGAUGAAGAAGGAGGGGGAAAAGCAUGCAGUCCAAAUGGCUGGCCUGAAGUCAGAGCUCGAUACACUGAAAGGGCUGCUGCGCACCUACGAGACGUCCAACCAGAGAAAGGAUGAGGUGAUCAGAAAUCUGAGCCAGGUGUUGGAGAGACAGAAAGAGAAGCAGGAAAAGAUGAAAACCUUCACACACUGGAGACUCCAGCAUGCUGAGGCUAAAGAAGAAGCUCAUGCUGUUCAGGUGGCUCGGCAGCACUACAGUUUGCAGCUGAAGAGGAAGGUGUGGCAGGGCUGGCAUGGUCUGGUCCAAAAACGCUGGAAGACCAAGGUGGAGCGAGCGUGCCGUUCCAGGGCUGAGGAGGUCUGCUCCCACCUGUCCGCAGAAUAUGAGGCCAAGCUGGCAGAGCAAUCCGAGGCUCUUGAUAAGUCUGAGGCAGAGAUUCAGAGGCUACACUUUGAGCGAGAGCGCUAUGAGGAGUCUAUGAAGAAAGCCUUCAUGAGGGGCGUCUGUGCCCUCAACAUGGAGGCUCUCAACAUGUUCCAGUCCACUGAAACACGAACAGAGCAGCUAUCCACACAGGAACCACAUGAUCCUUCGCCUGGCCAGGACGAGCGCGGAUCAGCUACGUUACCUAAGCAUCAGCCGUUUCCCACUACCUCGAAAAGGUUUAGUCCAGUCCACUUUGAACGCCUUGAACCUACACAAAGGGAAGCUGAUGAUAUGGUUGGCCCCAGAGCCUCCACCUCCCAGGAAGAGAUGCUUCCUUUCACCACAGUUUUGCACAGCUCUCUCCCAUUAGGGGGCAUUGCAAGCACCCACAAACAGUCUGGUGCUCGGAUUGUGACGGCAGGUCAACAGAAAUCCUCAAAGACUGUGACGGCUCGCAUCACUGCGCGAUCUGAUGUCGGUAAGGUCCCACACGGCGGCCUUCAGGUGAUGGGAGUAGCUCCACCAAUGAGCUCUGUCGUAGUAGAACGCCAUCAUCCUAUUACACAGCUGACAGUUGGACAGGCGUUGGCUUCAAAGUUUCCUCGGCCGCUCCAGCAGAGCCACACGUCUGCUGUAGGCAGAGCGUCAUCGCGAACACACACCAGCACAUGCAGCGUCCACUCAAUCAAGGAAGUGGAAUGAUCACCCCUGGUGCAUUAAAUUUAGU